AUGUUUCUUUGCUCGCUUUUAUUAGCAGUCACUAUUUCAGUCGAAAUCAAUACAGAAUAUUAUACAAAAGAAAAUGCAACAGCCACAUUUAACUUUUUUAAAGAGAAAUAUCACAAAAAAUAUAGUCCAGCAGAUGAAAAAGAAGCUUACGAGAACUUUCUUAGUAACUUAAACAAAGUUACAGUUUUAAACAUGAACCCGAAGGAAAAAAAUAUAAUGUAUACUUUAAAUAAAUACGCGGACCUAGAUCCUUCCGAAAUACAGGAGCAUUUUGCUCUCAAUCUAAGUUCAUAUGAUGCUCAUGAAGUAUAUAAAGGACCAAUUGUGCGAAAUAGACAUAUUCUAAGGAAUAUUAUUGAGCCAACGCCUGAAGGUGCGAACUUGGAUAGUAUGGAGUUAUACGACUUGGAUGACGCGGAAAAUUUGUUUCGUGAAUACACAAAAGCUUUCGGUCCAGUAAGAACCCCACAGCAAUGUCAAUGGCAACUAUUCGGUUAUAUUUGA